UGAGUCGAUGACGGGAAAUUUAGUGGCCGGCCAGAAUCGUCGACGAGAAAUUCGGGGUCAAAGGGUUUCAUUUUAAACCGGAUUUCAUCUUCAUUUGGGCGUUGGUUUCAUUUCCCCAUAUCAUCAAUUUUGAAAUUGAAACUCAACACACACACUAGGCGGGGGGGCAGCAGCUACCGGAAACCACCUCCAGGUCUCUCUCUCUCUCUCUCCGUCCAUUUUUCAGCCGUUUCUAACUUGUUGAUUGAAGAUGGCAGAUGCUGAGGAUAUUCAGCCACUUGUCUGUGAUAAUGGGACAGGAAUGGUUAAGGCUGGAUUUGCUGGAGAUGAUGCUCCAAGAGCUGUGUUUCCUAGCAUUGUGGGUCGCCCACGUCACACCGGUGUGAUGGUUGGUAUGGGCCAGAAAGAUGCGUAUGUUGGAGAUGAGGCUCAGUCCAAGCGUGGUAUCUUAACUCUGAAGUACCCAAUUGAGCACGGAAUCGUGAGCAAUUGGGAUGACAUGGAAAAGAUAUGGCAUCACACCUUCUAUAAUGAACUCCGCGUGGCCCCAGAGGAGCACCCUGUUCUACUCACUGAAGCACCUCUCAACCCAAAGGCUAACCGUGAGAAAAUGACCCAAAUCAUGUUUGAAACCUUUAACGCUCCUGCUAUGUAUGUCGCCAUCCAGGCUGUUCUGUCUCUUUAUGCCAGCGGCCGCACAACUGGUAUCGUUUUGGAUUCUGGAGAUGGUGUGAGCCACACUGUCCCCAUCUACGAGGGGUACGCCCUUCCACAUGCUAUCCUACGUCUUGACUUAGCCGGUCGGGACCUAACUGAUGCUCUCAUGAAAAUCCUAACGGAGCGUGGUUACUCUUUCACCACAACAGCUGAGCGUGAAAUCGUGAGGGACAUGAAGGAGAAGCUAGCCUACAUAGCCCUAGACUACGAGCAAGAGUUGGAAACAUCCAAGACCAGCUCUUCCGUUGAGAAGAGCUAUGAGUUGCCCGAUGGGCAGGUGAUCACUAUUGGGGCUGAACGUUUCCGCUGCCCAGAAGUCCUUUUCCAGCCGUCCAUGAUUGGAAUGGAGGCUGCAGGCAUCCAUGAGACCACGUACAAUUCCAUCAUGAAGUGUGACGUGGAUAUUAGGAAGGAUCUUUACGGAAACAUCGUUCUUAGUGGUGGGUCCACCAUGUUCCCGGGAAUUGCUGAUAGAAUGAGCAAGGAAAUUACUGCAUUGGCCCCGAGCAGCAUGAAAAUAAAGGUGGUGGCUCCACCAGAGAGGAAGUACAGUGUUUGGAUCGGAGGCUCCAUCCUCGCAUCCCUUAGUACCUUCCAGCAGAUGUGGAUUGCAAAGGCAGAGUAUGAUGAAUCUGGACCGUCCAUUGUGCACAGGAAAUGCUUCUAAUUAUUCGGGAUGAGAUGCGAGAAGGAAAUAUGAUGUCCUGUUUCUUGGAGGAACCUGCUGCUUGCAUGUUCGAAACUCUAACACUGCUUUUUGUUCAACUUCCAUGUCAUUUUGCUGUUGGAAACAUCGACCUCAACCAUCUUGAGGUGGAGGGAUGGCAAUCGGAUUCUUGCAUUAUCAUGUUUUUGUGACUUUUUUUUCCCCUUGAAUGCUAGUAAUUCAAUUAUUAUCAGCAAGUUACCAUUAAUUCUGCCUUUUUUCCAUUUGUAUGCUCCAAGUCCCCAUUUGUUUGUCCGCUUUUAGACCUUAAAAUGUCCAAACUAUUUGUUCAAGAUGAAUCGAAUUUUCCUUUUAUCC